AGGUUCUUUAGCGGUACUUGUAUAUGGGCGUGGUCAGUCGCACAACAACAACAAAAACAACGGUGGCUGUGCUUCCGGGUUGUGGCUGUCACACUCCAGCAGCUUUUCUUUUUUCUUUUUACUGAAGCCUUUUUUUCUUUAAAUCAGCAGUGUUAGUAUGAGUGAAGGAGAAGUGUUUCAUGAGAAGCAGCGGUUGGAGCUGUGCGCCAUUCAUGCGCUGAACAACGUGCUUCAGGAGCGGGUUUUCACCAAGGAGACCGCCGACGACAUCUGCAAACGGCUGGCUCCACAGUGCAUGGUGAAUCCCCAUCGCUCGAUGUUAGGCACGGGAAACUACGACGUCAACGUCAUCAUGGCAGCUUUACAGAGCAGAGAACUGGCUGCCGUGUGGUGGGACAAACGCAGAGCAGUGCAGAGCCUCUGCGUCUCCAACGUCCAGGGUUUCAUACUUAACGUUCCGUCACGCGUGUCACUAGGGAUCGUGUCCCUCCCGCUGCGACGGCGGCACUGGCUCGCAGUUCGGCAAGUAAACGGACAAUACUACAACCUGGACUCCAAACUGAAGAGUCCUCUUUGCAUUGGAGGAGAGACAGAACUACGUACAUUUCUCAGCGAACAGCUUUCUCAGGAUGUGGCUGAGAUGCUCCUAGUUGUCCAGCGGGAGGUGGAGGAGGACGGGUCGUGGUUGAACUCGGAAACCACUACAAAAUGAUUGCUAGGAAGAGGACGCACAUUUACACAGUAUGGAACAGCCCUCAGUGAGGUGGAACAAAAUGAGACAUUUGUUAAAAACGAGCACCUCACGAGAGAAAACUCUUCAGGGAAUGCACUAAACCCACAUUUGACAUUUAUACAAAUUCCAAAGAGAAGCAGAGGAGAGCCGUUCUUCCCAGAAUAAAGAGCUGCUUUGUUUGUAACGGCUGAAAAAGCUCUUCUUGUAGUAUGAUUCAUGUAUCUUCACUGUCCACCUGCUUGUGGUACCUUUUUUUU